UUCCGCGGAAGGGAAGAGUCCCGCAGUCGGAGGCGGCCGGCUGGGCGUGCGCUCGCUACCCGCAGCCGGGGCCGAGCCGGAGCCGGGCGAGGGCUGGAGCCGGGGCCGCGCCGGAGCCAGCGGGCGAAGAGCAGCGGCCGGAGCCAGGCAGCCAGGCCGCACAGGGCAGGGGCCGGCGGGCGCGGGGUCUGCGGUCUCCCGAGCCCCGAUGUGAGGCGGCGGCGCCCCCGGCCCGAGCGCGCACCAUGGGGGCCCCGUUCGCAGUGGCGCUAGGCGCCCUGCACUACCUGGCACUUUUCCUGCAACUCGGCGGCGCCACGCGGCCCGCCGGCCACGCGCCCUGGGACAACCACGUCUCCGGCCACGCCCUGUUCACAGAGACGCCCCACGACAUGACAGCACGGAUGGGUGAGGACGUGGAGAUGGCCUGUUCCUUCCGGGGCAGUGGCUCCCCCGCCUACUCACUGGAGAUCCAGUGGUGGUACGUACGCAGCCACAGGGACUGGACCGACAAGCAGGCAUGGGCCUCGAACCAGGUACAAGCAUCUCAGCAGGAAGACACAGGGAAGGAUGCGACCAAAAUAAGUGUGGUCAAGGUGGUGGGCAGCAACAUCUCCCACAAGCUGCGCCUGUCCCGGGUGAAGCCCACGGACGAGGGUACCUACGAGUGCCGCGUCAUCGACUUCAGUGACGGCAAGGCCCGGCACCACAAGGUCAAGGCCUACUUGCGGGUGCAGCCAGGAGAGAACUCCGUCCUGCACCUGCCAGAAGCCCCGCCUGCUGCACCCGCCCCGCCGCCCCCGAAGCCUGGCAAGGAGCUGCGGAAGCGCUCUGUGGACGAGGAGGCCUGCAGCCUCUAGACUGAUGCCCCGCCCUGCCCACCUGCCCGCCCUGUGCCCCUCCCACUGUACAGCGUGCAUGAGGAGCCUUUGGACCGCCGGGGAUGGGACUGCCUGGGUCCAGCCGCCUCCCCUUCCCCGAGACCACCUGUGACCACCACGUUGGCCCUCUGCCCCCCACUCCCCAUCUCCUUGCUCAGCAUGUAAGCCUCCCAACCCUUCCUUUUCAGACCCUUGCAGUGACCCGGCUCUGAGAAGGUGGCCCUGGGAACAAGGGGGUGACCUCCCUGAAAGCUGGGGCAGGGGACCGUGCGAGGCCCGGCUGCCCCCAUUCUGUCACCAGCUUCAGUGACGUCCAGUGUCUCUCGCUUUGCUUGCUUUUCUCUCCUAUCCUGUCCUGAGCCGGGGCCUCCGAGCUGUAACCUCCCUCCUUCCUACCACCUCCCACUUGGACCUGAGGGUGUGGACAGAGCAACCUUCUCCCCAAUGUGGACUUAACUCUUUUGAGCAGAAGUAGGCCCUCUUCUCUGGGAAAAACUGGGACACAGCAUCCCCAGGAGGGCCUUGCUCUGGGGCUGUGGGACCGCUUCCGGGGGCCCUGGGAGGAAGGGGAGGGGCCCCACUGCCUCUUGGUGACUCCUUCGUGUUC